CAAAAAAAAAAAACAAAAAAAAUUCCAUCGCAUCCCCUCAUUUGCUUUCUCCUAAUCAGUAAUUAAGCAGCCAGAGGAAGAGCUUACCUCCUCUUCUAUCUGCUUCUGCGUCUCUAAUUCUCUCUCUCUAGAUUCGUGUUUAUCCAGACAAUUCAGUGGCAAUAAACCAGUAAUUUACCUCUCUAGUCUCUACCUUCCCUAUAUAUGCCCCUCUCCCUACUCACUUCUCUCAUUUAUCUUUCUUGUUCCUUCCCGUCUGCCUACUGAUCCAUUAUACUCACUUGGAUUCUAUUACGAGUGGAUUUUGUCGUAGUUUUGCUUUUCUGGGUUCUCUCUGUUUCAAGUUUCUUUAGGUAACCAUGAAUGCUUUAGCAGCUACAAACCGCAAUUUUCGCCACGCAGCACGAAUUCUUGGGUUAGACUCUAAAGUUGAAAAGAGUCUCUUGAUCCCAUUUAGAGAGAUCAAGGUGGAAUGCACAAUUCCCAAGGACGAUGGUACUCUGGUGUCGUACGUUGGAUUCAGGGUGCAACAUGAUAAUGCUCGUGGUCCUAUGAAGGGAGGAAUCAGAUACCAUCCUGAGGUUGACCCUGAUGAAGUAAAUGCGCUGGCUCAACUAAUGACCUGGAAGACUGCUGUAGCAGACAUACCAUAUGGUGGGGCAAAAGGAGGGAUUGGAUGCACCCCAAGGGAGUUAAGUUUGAGUGAGUUAGAACGACUCACCCGUGUCUUCACUCAGAAGAUCCAUGAUCUCAUCGGCAUUCAUACAGAUGUUCCAGCACCUGAUAUGGGCACUAAUUCACAGACCAUGGCAUGGAUAUUGGAUGAAUACUCAAAAUUUCAUGGUCACUCUCCAGCUGUUGUAACAGGGAAGCCCAUAGAUCUUGGUGGAUCACUGGGUAGAGAGGCUGCAACUGGCCGUGGAGUUGUUUAUGCUGCUGAAGCUUUGCUUGCUGAAUAUGGGAAAUCCAUUGGGGGUUUGACAUUUGCUGUUCAGGGUUUUGGGAACGUUGGGUCCUGGGCAGCAAGGCUCAUACAUGAGAGAGGUGGAAAGGUUAUAGCAGUGAGUGACAUCACUGGUGCGGUCAAGAACCCAAAAGGGCUAGACAUACCGGAAUUACUUAGGCAUAAAGAAGCUACUGGCAGUUUGAGAAAUUUCCAUGGUGGAGACUCUAUGGAUCCCAGUGAAUUGUUGCUACAUGAAUGUGAUGUCCUCAUCCCAUGUGCUUUAGGUGGAGUUCUGAACAGGGAAAAUGCUGCUGAUGUGAAGGCCAAGUUCAUUGUAGAGGCAGCAAACCAUCCAACUGAUCCUGAGGCAGAUGAGAUUCUAUCUAAGAAAGGAGUCAUAAUACUUCCUGACAUAUAUGCCAACGCUGGAGGUGUGACUGUCAGCUAUUUUGAGUGGGUUCAGAAUAUUCAAGGAUUCAUGUGGGAAGAAGAACAGGUGAACAAUGAGCUUCGAAGGUACAUGACUCGUGCCUUUCAUAACAUCAAGAACAUGUGCAAGACUCAUGAUUGCAAUCUUCGGAUGGGUGCCUUUACCCUGGGGGUAAACCGAGUUGCACGUGCUACUCUGUUAAGGGGAUGGGAAGCAUAAAUCGAUUUUGUUUUAGGCUCCAAAUUCCUCCUUUGUUUACCUUUUCAUCCUCGAAUGUAUCCCUGCCUACAGCUGAAGGAGCCAACUUCAAAGCUGUUGAUCCCUUCAGCUAUUUUUCUUUUCCCCUCUUAGAAUCCCAACUUUUUAUUUUUGUUUUUUUAAAAUGAUAUUCCUAUCAACAAUGUCUAGAAAAUUAAUUCCUGCUGUUAGAUUUUGAUGUUGAAAUGGAUAUUUUCUGUUACGAUUCACAUUGACAAGCCAUUUGAAAUAAACUGAAACAUUUUGAUA